AUGAAUCCGUGGCUCCUGGUCUGCCUGGUGGUCUGCUUCGUGGGUGCCUGGGCUCCCACUGUCCACGCUCAAGGUGCUUUUGAGGACUGCUGCCUGGCCUACCACGGCCCAGCAAGACGGUCCAUGCUCCGGUACGCCCAGAGUUACCAUCGCCAGGACGUGAGCGGGAGCUGCAACCUGCCUGCGGUGAUAUUCUUCUUCCCCCACAAAAACAAGAUGGUAUGUGGGAAGCCAGGGACCAGGUGGGUGCAGAUUGGGAUGAAGAUCCUGGAUGCUCGGAGGAAGACCCAGUUAAAGCCCCACCACGGCACCCGGAGAAACUUCCAAGUCCCUCAUUCUGGGGUGAGGAAGUUGAGCUCUGGAACCUCCACGCUACCAUUGUCGAAGUUUAGUGGUCCCACCAGAAGCAGCAAGAGGAAAACCUCCCUCCUGACAACAGCUAAUCCAGCUCACAGGAAACAUCCAGGCCAGGCCCACCUGUGAAUGUCUGCAGGAAGGAAGAAAUGAACACAUCC